AUGAGCUUUGAAACCACAGCAAUUACUUUCAUCAUCAUCCUACUAAUUUGCUUCAUUUGCAUCCUCCUUUUACUGAUGCUGUUUUUAUAUAGAUGUUUCCAAAGCAAGGAAGAUGAGGAGAUAGAAAGAGGUACUUAUGAAGAUGGUUUAACUGCUAAUGUGAAGACACGCAACUCAGGAGACCCAGAAAAGACUCUCAUAAGGCAAAUCAUACGGCCUGGCAUUCUUGUCCAGAGACAGAGUAAAGAAAUGGUGGCCACCCUCCUAGAAAACAAAGAGGGCAUAGAGGGCAUUGAGGGCAACGAGGGCAACGAGGGCAACAAGGGCAAAGCGGAGAACGAAGUAAAAGAGAACCAUGAUGAUAAGAAUGCUAAAGAAAAUGGGCAAGAGGAUGAUUCAGAAAAACCACACAUACCUGUCAGUGGAGCCCCUUCAGUUACUGAUCACAACAAAAGACCUUUAAAAGGAGUGACAUUUUCUAGGGAGGUAAUUGUUGUGGACCUUGGGAAGCAAUACCCUACACCUCAAAGCUAUAUUCAAGAACAUAAAGAGAGAAAAUGA